AAGCUAGCGUGCCUCGCUUAUCGAUAACCGACGUUAGGACGCCAAGUCUUGGAUGCGAACGUCACUUUGCGGUCUCCUGUGCGGCAAACGUUAGGAAAGAGAGGUAUAGCUACAGCGGCAGCAAAGGCACAACGAUAGGAGGAGCAGGGAGAUAUUUGGAGAGAAUGACGUCAAGGACUUCUAUUGCACCGCUUGUAUGGAUUGAUUGCGAGGUAUGUGGAGGGGAGGGGAGGGGAGAGGAUUUGUUGUGGGGGGCUAAUCUCUGUCACUUUUUUUCUCGUUAGAUGACGGGACUAGAUCCUAGCGAGGAUGUCAUCUUGCAAAUAUGCUGCUACAUCACGGAUCACAAAUUGAAUCUUCUAGACAAGGAAGGGUACGAGACAGUUAUUCACUAUGAGAAGGAGAUCUUGGACAAGAUGGAUGGUUGGUGUCAGAAAACACACUCCUCCGUAACCCUCCCUCCUCCUCCUCUCCUCACGUAUCUAACCCCUCCAACAGACAGGUCUUAUAGCCCGCGUCCUAGAAUCAACCGUAACCGUUGCCCAAGCCACGGAGGAACUCCUCGCGUAUAUUAAGAAACUCGUCCCGGAAAAAGGCGUUGCCUUCCUCGCCGGCAAUUCGAUCCAUUGCGACCGCGAUUUCCUGGUACGCUAUUACCCUUCUAUCACAGAGCAUCUGCACUACAGGAUUAUAGAUGUUUCGACGGUGAAGGAGGCAGUGAGGAUGUGGUGCUCUAAGGAGGUGUAUGGGGGGGUACCAGUGAAGAAGUUGUUGCAUGAGGCGAGAAUGGAUAUUUUGGAGAGCAUCGAGGAGUUGAGGUAUUAUAAGGAGGCGGUCUUUGAUGGGAAGUAGAGGGGGUGGGAUGGGACGUGUUAUAUGACUAGGUGGGGAUGCUGUGAGGAGAUAUUGGGUUAGUCUGGCGGCUUGAUCUUGUCUACCAGUUCGCUUCACUGCUAUCAGCAGUACGUACUUCGCGUUUCUUUGAAUUAGGAAUAGCACCAGAGAGGGGUUGUUACUCCCAAUAUCUGUUUUCAUAUUGGAACUUAUGACCAUUAUUAUCUGGAUACAAAGAGAAAUCCUAGGCUCCUUUCUCUUUG